UGGUGUUUUUCCAUUCCUCCUAAAGCGAGUAAAAGCUGCAAACCAUAAAUCUAGCUCCCCAUCUAGCUAGAGAGAGAGAGAGAGAGAGAGAGAGAGAGAGAGUAAUUAAAAAAUUAAGAUGGGAAAUUUUCUUUCCUUCAAAUUACUCCAUGCAACCUUCUUCCGCAUCUUCUUCUUCUUCUUCUUCACAUGUCGGAGCAUUACGUUAGCUACCAAGCUCCCUUGCCGGACCAGCUGCGGCUCCCUAGAAAUAAAAUACCCCUUCGGCACAGCCUACGGCUGUGGCUCCCCCCGCUUCCACCCCUACGUAUCAUGCGCUCCCGGCGUAGACCAGCUCCUCCUCUCCACCCACACCGGCUCCUACCCCAUCACCUCCAUAUCCUACGCCACCUCCACCCUGACCAUCGCCCCUCCCCUCAUGUCCACCUGCACCUCCAUGCACCCCUCUCCCAACCUGGGCCUCGACUGGCCCAGCCCAUUCCAGCUCGGCCCAUCAACCUUCCUCCUCCUCUCCUGCUCCCCGCCCUCCUCCUCCCUCACCGUCGUCAACGACGGCUACCCGUCGCCGGUCUGCGACCUGACCUCCGAUCACCUCUGCGCCUCCGUCUACACGUGUCCCUCCGUCGUGGCCCUUGGGCUGCCCCUCUUUCCUCCCACCAACACCUGCUGCGUCUACUCUCCCGCCAACCUCGACGCCAAGGGGGAGCUGGACCUUCGCGCGCUAAAGUGCGCCGGGUAUGCGUCGGUUGUGUCGCUCGGGGACGAUCCGACCGAGCCGACCCGGUGGGAAUACGGGGUGGCCCUCACGUAUAAUAUGCAAGUUGGGUUUGAUAACGAUAACGUAGCCGCCCAAUGCGGGGACUGUGAAAAGAGCGGUGGCGCGUGUGGUUACGUGCCUCACGGUGAUUCGUUUGCCUGUGUUUGUGAAAAUGGGUUCAAUAGCAGCACGGAUUGCUACGGCUACAGUCCAGACGUGAUAUGGAGCUCCGAUUCUCGAUGCAUCUGGAAGGUUUGGUUGGGGCAAUAUUGUGUGGCCAUCCUAUUUAGUAUAUUGACAAUUAUUGAAUGGAAUAAGUGAAGGGAAGAUGAGUUUACCAUCCUAGAGAAGAAUCCAGUGCAAGGAAUAAAGGCAACCAUAAUUAAAGCUGAGGAGCUAGCAUCUUGUGUUUGCACUUUGCAUCAUCAAUUUUUUUCUCCUUUUAGUGGCCUUCUUUUAAUGCAAUAAGAAUAUAUCAUUGUGGAAAAAAGGGUAUUUAUUCGUGAAAAUUAUAAUCCAUAUCUAUUAAUCUACUUAUUAUAAAUAAAUAAAUUAGAAUAUACUCAUAUAAUUAAGUCGUAAAUAGGUGAUAAACUUACAAUUUAAUGAUAGAAAUGAGCAUACUUUCUCGAUCGGUUUAAAUUUCAUGCAUCAUCAUCAGUUUUCGUUUCAAAUGUCAUCUCAUAGAUGCCCCUUCAAUGGAUGCUCUUCGCUUUCUAGCUAUUGUAAUAUUUAGCGACUACAAUUUGUCUUAAGUUGGUUAUACAACAUACACAUACUC